UUCCGCAAAAGAAAACUUCAGCUACAGCUAAAUUGGAGCCAGUCCAAGUCUUCUGCUCAUUUUGAAAUGACCAAUGACAUUUCCGCAGUCAAUUGCUCAGUUCCAAGUUAAAUUAUUUUGACUUGAAUUGGUAAACAAAGGGGGCUGCUGAAAAAAAUCCCUGAAAAAAAAUUAAACUAUACAAUUUCUGCCUUUUUAAGAUGAUCACAGUUUUUAUCUGUAAAAGCAUUACAAACAUACUAUUAAAAAUGGUGGUUGUCCUUCUUCUCAAACUUAUCUUGUUUCAGCUACUCCCUUGUGCAUCACCAUUAUCCUUCAACUUCCCCCCCUUCCGAAGCAACCCGCCCACUUUAUUUGUCGAGGGAGAUGCUUUCGUCUACGACACGUCCCUCCGCCUGACCAAAAGCAUUGUCGGCGAGCAACAGAACCAAAGCGUCGGCCGAGCAACCUACUCUCAACCUUUCCUCCUCCGCGAAAACGCCACUGGAAAACUCGCUGAUUUCACCACAAACUUCACAUUCGUCAUCGACUCCCAAGGCAAUAAAGACUACGCCGACGGACUCGCCUUCUUUUUGGCGCCAAACGGGUCCUUACUCAACACCACAGUAGGCCGAGGCGGCGCUCUAGGCCUCCCCGUCAUAAACCAGCAAAAUAAUGAGUCGACGAAUCUAUACCCCUUUGUGGCAGUGGAGUUUGAUAUCUACAAGAAUGACAUAACUUCCGUCAAAGAUCCUUUCUUCGAUCAUGUUGGUAUUGACAUCAACUCUCUCAAGUCUAAUGUGACAAAGCGUUGGAAUGGAUCCAUUACAACCGGAGAGGAAAAUACUGCUCGGAUUCGCUACGAUUCUGGAUCGAAAAAUCUUAGUGUUGUUUACACUAGUUUUGUGAAUGGUGUCCAAGUGUGGAGGAAUAUUAGUUACAUUGUAGACCUGAAUGAGUACUUGCAGGGUUAUGUUGUUGUUGGGUUCUCUGCCGCUACAGGGGAUUCCAUAUCUAUACCUCAAAUCAACACAUGGAGUUUUAAUUCUACAGAACUGCACGAUGCGCCGCCGCCAGUGGUUCCUGUGCCAGAGCCGAACCCCAUUGUUGAGCCCGAUCCAGGAAAUGGGGUUAACGUCGGACUUCUUGUUGGGUUGGUUGUUGGUGGGUGUGUGGUUUUGGCUGGUGGGUUGGUUUUGGUUUGGCGCAUUUGUUGGAGGAAGGGCAAAACAGGGGGAAGUAGUGAUGAUGAGGAUCCUAUGGUGAACGACUCGAUCGAUGAGGAAUUCGAGAAGGGGACGGGUCCGAAGAAGUUUUCAUACAAGACAUUGGCUCAAUCCACGGGUAAUUUCGAUGAGGGAGAAAAGCUUGGAGAAGGAGGAUUUGGUGGGGUUUAUAGAGGGUUCAUAAAAGGCUUGGACUCGUAUGUUGCUGUUAAGAGGGUGUCGAGUCGGUCUAGACAGGGGAUGAAGGAGUACGCGGCCGAAGUAAGGAUCAUCAGUCGACUUAGGCAUCGGAAUCUGGUGCAACUAAUCGGUUGGUGCCAUGAAAAAGGAGAGCUCCUGCUUGUUUACGAGUUCAUGUCCAAUGGAAGCCUAGAGUCCCAUUUGUUCAAAUCGAAAACCUUGUUACCUUGGGAGGCAAGGUACAGAAUCGCUCAAGGCUUGGCAUCCGGGUUGUUCUAUCUACACGAAGAAUGGGAGCAAUGCGUGCUGCAUAGGGAUAUCAAAUCCAGCAAUAUCAUGUUGGACUCAAAUUUCAACGCGAAACUUGGGGAUUUCGGGUUAGCUCGGCUUGUGGACCAUGGAAAACAAUCACAAACAACAAUAUUGGCCGGAACUAUGGGCUACAUGGCUCCUGAAUGUCUUACCACAGGAAAGGCUAGCAAGGAAACAGAUGUCUAUAGCUUUGGAAUUGUUGCUUUAGAGAUAGCUUGUGGGAGAAAACCCAUUGAUCCCAAGUCAGAAGGGAGUAAAAUCAAUAUGGUGGAGUGGGUUUGGGAGCUUUAUGGAGAAGGAAAAGUCAUUGAAGCAGUUGACCCUAAAUUGUGUGGAGAGUUUGAUGAUAAACAAAUGGAGUGUUUGUUGAUUGCUGGGUUGUGGUGUGCUCACCCGGAUUACACGAUCAGGCCUUCAAUACAACAAACGAUUCAAGUGCUUAAUUUUGAAGUUCCAUUGCCUAUUCUUCCAUCAAAGAUGCCGGUGGCUAGCUACGUAUCUCUUCCGAUUCCAUUUUCAAUCUCAUCGAGUUACAAUACUGAUUUGGAAAGAGGUCAGACAGAGUCUUCGGGUCAUGGUUACAACACCAUCUCUUCACAGUUCACCUCAUCUUCUGCAUCCAGUUCUUCUCCAUCUGCCUCACUUUUGUACCCAAAAUAAAUUUAAUCCAACUCUAUUAUACGAGUAUACAAAUUUUUGUAAUUUAUUUUUUGUAGUGAAUAUCUUGAAGUAAAUAUGCCGACGACAUUGUUGUUACCUUAGUGAUAAUAACAUACCAUCUUGUGCUGA